UCUCCCUUUUCUCCCGUCCCUCUCUCCCUCUCUCCUCCUCUCGAGACUAUGUGGCGGUUACAGGAUGCCAAGUGGAAAGAGAUUUAAACCCACCAAAUACAUCCCGGUGUCCACAGCCGCCACCUUGUUAGUCGGAGCCACAACCUUGUUCCUCGUCUUCACGUGCCCCUGGUUAACAAAGGAAAUCUCUCCUGCAAUUCCACUUUACAAUGGCCUCAUGUUCCUAUUCGUGUUGGCGAACUUCAGCAUGGCAACGUUCAUGGACCCUGGAAUAUUCCCGCGAGCUGACGAGGACGAGGACAAGGAUGAUGACUUCCGAGCCCCACUCUACAAGAACGUGGAGAUCAAAGGCAUCCAAGUACGGAUGAAGUGGUGCGCGACGUGUCAUUUCUACAGGCCACCGCGGUGCUCCCAUUGCAGUGUGUGCGACAACUGUGUGGAGGACUUUGAUCACCACUGCCCGUGGGUGAACAACUGUAUCGGGCGGAGAAACUACCGCUAUUUCUUCCUCUUCCUCCUCUCCCUCAGCACACACAUGGUCGGUGUGUUUACUUUCGGGCUGAUCUAUGUGUUAAACCACGUUGAACAGCUGGCUGAUCCCCACACAGCCAUCACUAUGGGGGUGAUGUGCGUGGCGGGCCUUUUCUUUAUCCCUGUGGUGGGGCUGACAGGAUUCCACAUCGUUCUGGUGUCUCGGGGACGCACAACAAAUGAGCAGGUAACGGGCAAAUUCCGAGGUGGAGUAAACCCAUUCACUCGAGGGUGCUGUGGCAAUGUGGAAUAUGUACUGUGUAGCCCUUUAGCACCGAGAUACAUGGUCGACCCAAGAAAGAAAAAGCUCAUAGCGGUGAAAUCUCCUUUUGUCCGACCAGCGUUGUCCGAAAGACAGAUUACAGUCAAGAUAAAUGACAAUGGAAUUCAGGGGAAUCUGAACAGGACCAAGUCAAAAGGCAGUUUGGAAGCUCUGGACGUACAGUCGGCAGAUGUUGAACCUCCGCUACCUCCCAAAGCCGAUCCCAGCAAAUAUGCUGACCUGAAAACUCUGGGAGUUUCGCUCAAUGAAGAUAGUGGUCUCUCAUCCAAGCCCAUCAACCCAUCCACUCCUGCCAUGUUUAAGUACCGACCAGCAUUCAGCAGCUCAGGGGCAAACCCCAAAGUCCUGUAUCAUGCUGCUAGCGAGAAGAUUUCUCUGCAGGAGGGACGUAAUAAAGAGGUGUCCAUGGGGCAGGAAUGCGGCCGAGGCCAUGACUACAGAUCCGAGCCCAACCUGGACUUCCCCGAUUACAGAUCCCCUUCGCUUCACAAGAGCUACCAGUCCUCGCCUCUGCAGCUGGACUCCCUGUCUGUCAGCUCCCGCUCCCUCAGCCUGAAGUCCGCUCCUGAGAGGAGAGGCAACGACAAGGCUCUACACCACCUGCGAUCGGAGGCCUCCUCCACCUCCUCCUCCUCCAACCCCUACAGACAUGUGUUUGUUCAGAACUCCCUGUCCAACAGGAACGGGAGCCUGUCUUACGACAGCCUGCUUAACCCCCCUGGGAGCCAGGGGGAAGGAGAUUGCGUGACGCACUCGGGGAUGGUCGCUGUAGGUUACCAUUCCCCCUACCUCUCGGCCAAGAUGUGUCAGAUCCGAGGGGCUGACCUGCUGCCGCGGCAGGGGGGACGGGGCUACAGCCCGGUGCACAGGGGUGGGAUCUCCCCCCACCCCCGAGAACCUUCCCCUGUCCGUUACGACAACCUGUCCCAGCAGAUCAUGGCCUCCAUUCAGGAGAGGAAGCUGCUGGAGGAACGAGGGAAACUGCUACACACAUCACCACCCCCCGACCUGGCCUUCAGGGACGGGGGGGGCUACGACACUGUGGGGGGCUACAGCCCGCGCUGCGCGGACACCUACCCCGGGGACUCAGCCCGGCUCACCGUGAUCGUGGGCAGCAGGUACGGCUCCAGAGACAACAUGGCUGUGAGGAGCCCCCUGCUUCGCUCCUCGCUCUCCUCCUCGCUGGCCAGGGCGAGCAGGACUUCCAGCGGCUCCCUGCAACACGCCGACCUCGCCAACAACAACGUGCAGGCCCGGCUCAGCGACCCCGCCCGCAGGUCCCCCGCCCACCAGCUCCCGCCCUCCACACUGCUCAGGUCUCCCUCCUACACCAGCCACAAGCCACUGUCCUUUGUCACAGCGAUGGAGAUGUCAGAGGGUUCGCCUCCGCCUCUGACAGCACCUCGAGACGAAGUGCAGAUGAAGAUGGCUCACAACAAGAUUAACGGGCAGCCCAAAGGCUUCCCCGGGGCGGAUAGCCGGCUGGCCUCGCCCGCCAGCCCCCAGGCCUCCGCCAGUCCCACCAGGAACUCCAACGUGAAGAAAGUCUCGGGAAUCGGUGGGACCACAUAUGAGAUCUCAGUGUGAAGAGCCAUUUAUCAUUCAUUGUCAGCUGUGGAGCUGUGUGCAGCACUGUGACCUCAAUCUCAACACCUCCCUCUCUCUCCCUCUCACUCGUACACUCUCUCUGUC